AUGACCCGAAUACUGGUGCAGCGUGGAUCAGCGGGUUCCUCUUCCAGUGCUGGCCGCUCCGCCCAGACCCCUGCGAAUCAGGCUGCUUCCAGUUCGAAAGAGGAAGAACAUGAUAAGGAAGUACGCCCAGAAUCGGUACUUUCGAAUGAUCCUCUGCCGGAGCAGUAUGAAGGCAGCGAGGAUAAGCCCCCAAAAACUGAUGAGUUUUUAUCGGAAAUCAGCAAAGGCAUUAUUCAUGAGACUGGAACGGGGGAGGAUGCUGGGAAAGGGAAAUCGUGUCUUGAUGAAUCUCCGGAUUCGAGUGCGGUGGCCAAAGAAUCGGGUAGGCCUCAUGCGUCUGAGAGGCAGGAUCUUCAGGAUGUUGAAAUCUUAGGCACCAGUUCUUCGCAGAUUCUUUCAGGCGCUUCCUGCCCUCCACCCCCUCCUUUGCCCCCUCCAAAACCUUCCAAUGCCGGCCUUGGUUCAAGGAGGACUUCUUCUGGUGGUUCAAGCGUUGGGAGGAUUGGUUCUUCUAGGAGGCCACCGUCUUGGCCUGCCAUUUCUUCCUGGAACUCGGCUCCAGAUCCACAUCCAUCUUCUCCCAGAUCAUAUAGUGAAGCAGAUGGUUACAAUAGUGCCGAUGAGCAAAAUCCAUGUUAUGGGCCUUCGUAUGAUGACGCGGUAAGAUUUGUCCUUCUAUAUUUGCCUCUAUGCUUAUCCAUUUAUUUAUAGUUUUAUGAUUUAAAUUUUUUCUUUACCUGUUCUCAGUUCAUACAGUUUUUACUAUUGCAUGCGCAUAUUUUCUGUACACGCAUUGGAAGCUCUUGAUUGAUAUCGUUAUCUUUCAUUCGAUUGUUUAACAUACCAAAUUAGUUAAUCGUAUUCUCUGGUCUCUAUUAAAAUAUAUUGAUUACUAGAAAAGCAGAUGUGCCACCUCGUUACUCUUCUCUUAGAGAAGAGUUGUUGCAGCCAUUGUGGCGUCCUUUGGAGUCUGACAUCUUCCUCAACCCGUGCAAAUGAGGUAAAAACUGCUGUUUAUUGCUUGCAGAUGAAGGACUGCCAAGCUUAUUUCAGAAUUUUUCCCUAUGGACCCUCAUGGGAAGCAGGGGUUGCUUUUUGGUUCUCUGUUAUUAUAAAGCAAUUGUUGCCAGACUUUUGACUUACUUUUGGUUCUGCUCAUGGAAACGCCAGACCUGCCACUUUUUUCAUUUUGACAAAGGAUGUAAAUGUGCCGUUCUCAUGUGCUCUUGGACGAGGUCCUGCUGGCCUAUUGAAGGCAUGCUUUCUGUGGUGUUGAUGGGAAGCAGAAGUAUUCGUUUGGUGCUCUUCUUCUUGAAAUUUUCAAUUACAUAAGAAGAGAAAGCAUAAAUGAAUUGCAAAACUAGAAACCACCUCGGCUUGUAAUUGGGUAGAACGUGUGGUAUACUUUCGAGACUACUUCAUAUGGGCAUCCUUGCCUCUGUUCAAAAAACUGAAAGUGAUGACAUUUAAUAAUUGAGGUGUAUGGGAAAUAUAUUCAGGAAGUACAUCUCAGAUUCGAGGAAGAAAAUGAACGAAUGAGCACCAUUUUGGCUGAUGACGUAGCAAAUGUACCUCUUACCACAUUCUUAUACUCUUCUUUAGGGAAAGGUUGGAAUUAGUAUUAGUUAACUUAUCCCGAGAAACUGCCAGCGUUAAGAAUUUGUCCCCGCAGACACACAAUUGAUUAUCUCUGUGCUUUAUUUGACAAUUCUUUUAUCUGGCUUAUAUUCAGAAAAUAUAUAUUCAAUUUCAGGAGAGAGAGCGCCAUUUUGAGCUUGAUAUUAGACGAUCCAAGGGAUAUGAAGUCAAAAGAAUGCUAGAGGAUGGGAAUUGUCUGUUUCGUGCUGUUGCAGAUCAAGUUUAUGGAGACGCUGAAGCAUUUGACAUGGUUCGACAAAUGUGCAUUGAUUACAUGGUAUUUUUCGUGUUUCUUUGUGGGUAUCUAUUUUAGAACAUGCCUGAUUUUCAGUUUUUUACUUGUGAGAUGUAAUUACGAUACCUUCAACUUUAUGACUGUCUGGACCUUACAAUCUUUUCGAAUUAUUAAAUUUUCUAUGCACAAAUUUGAUCGAAUUUGAUUUAAUAAUUCUAAUUCUCAAUCGGACUAGUGGAUUUGGACCAGCCUAGAUAUGUUUGCCAAGUCUAGUCAAGUUAUUGGAUGACGUAUUCUAAAGCAUCCUUAAUAUGACCUAUACAAAGAGACAUAACAUAAUGUUCUGCAGUGAUUCAAGUUCAUGGUAGUGGUGAUGAUGCUUUUAAAUAAGGUCGUAUAUUCUUAUCAUUCCAGGACAUUUGUUCAACUUGUCAGGCUAUUAUGAUGACGGGCUACUUCUUGGAGAGGGCAUUUCUAGCGUCUUCUUUUAUGAUAUGUAUUCUGAGUACCUCAUCUGACACUAGUAUUUAUUCCUCGUUUCAGGAGAGGGAAAGGGACCAUUUCUCUCAGUUUGUUACUGAAGGUUUCACAUCCUAUUGUAAGAGGAAGAGGAGAGACAAGGUGCCUUUUUCCCCUUUCUUUAUUGCCGUCAUAAUAUCGGUAGGAUUGAGUGUGUUAUUGAUCAUCUUCCUCUCCUCUUAGUUAAUGGUUGAUUUGAUUUUGACGGUGUGAUGCUGCAAGGUGAUAUUGGUGCUUUUUUCUGUAGAGAUAGCAACCUUUAGCUUCUGUUUUCACCUUAAUUCAAUAAGAGGAUCUCUUUGUUGCAUAAUCGCAUCAUUAGAUUCCAUGUAAGUAGAAUUCUAGAUGCCUAAGCAGCUUCGCCCUCGUCAACUUCCAAAGCUAGAUCUUCCUUGAAAUACAAUCAAAUAGAACAUCUGAGUAGAGUAGGGAGAGUCAAGUGAGACCCCUUUAGUACCAGCAAGCAAGAGUGGAUUUGGUGAGAUUCUUCAUAACAUUAAAUUUGAAAGAAAUAAUGGAGUCCUAAGCUGAGGAAAACCGCAUUCUUUACAAUUUUUCUACCGUUGGGGAUUGUAGAAAAUUUCAACUCUGAUGAUGCAUUGUCAACUGAAACAAAUGAUCAGGUAGGUAUAAAUAGACAGGUCCCUGUGAACUACUAUUCAUGUUAUUCUGCUUUUGCACAUGUGAUGCAUGUUCGAUAGUCCUCAAAUGAUUCGUUGGCUACAGGUGUAUGGCAACAAUAUGGAAAUCCAAGCAUUAUCUGAGAUGUAUAAUCGGCCAAUACAUAUAUAUUCUUACAGCACAGGUAUCACCCACUCGUGUGCGUGCUUCCCUAUGGAAAUAGGUACUUUUAAUCUUGUGUCCAACGCAUUCAUUCUUCCUUUGCAGAACCCAUCAACAUUUUUCAUGGAGGCUAUGGUACUGACACACCCCCUAUAAGACUAAGCUAUCACCGUGGAAAUCAUUAUAAUUCAGUUGUUGAUCCGCGGGGUUUGACAGUUGGUGCAGGCCUUGGAUUUAGCAGUCUCCGAGGGGUAAUUUACGUUAAACAACUUUAUCAAAGCUCGAUUUCGGUGAUUAUAUUUAUUGGUGUUUGAAUUUUUUUUAUUCUUUAAACUGCUGUUGUGUUUUGACGAUUAAAUCCUUUUCGUGGGAUUUAGAACUCACCAGAAAGGUUUGUUUACCUCCCCUGUGGCUGGAAUACAACUAAUUCAAAUAUUACUCAAAUAUUUGUAAAAUGAAAGUAAACAAUAGUUUCUAUGGAUAGAGAACAAAAAUGACUGAAGUACGUUGUGUGCGGCAAGAAAAGUGGUGUCGGACUGGUCAGUAUUGAUGAAUAUCAGUAAAGGUUUGCGAUCUGAAUGACCUUGGAGGACUAGGGUACGAAUACUUUAUGUGGAUGAGUGUCUUGUAAGUUAUUUACUCUAGAAAAAGUAGAAAACAGCUUUUCUCUCCAGUUCUCCCAAUCCAUUGUCUCUUCUUUGUGGUAGAACCAUGGAAAAUGGAUGGGUCUGGUGGAAACUCCCUCGGGAGGGGCUAUUUGGCAGGCCGAUUAAAGAUAAUGUCAUCAGAGCAAGUGGGUUCUCAGAAAAACAGGCGACCACUCAAAAAUAGAGGACUUCCUGGAACUGGUCAAAUAACUUUUGUAUGAAGUGAGAUCUUGCCUGAUUAACAUCGUAUUAAAUGUGAAAACUGAACUUUUUGCUCAUAAUAUGCUCUUUAUUAAGAUGAAUGUGGAUUCUUGCGUCAAAUGAAUCUAUGAUAGUUGUGGGCUCGAGCUCAUAGGAGACUAGUAUUUUUUUACUAGUCAUAAUUGCCAUACAUCUGUUACCUAAGAAAUAUCUUAGUCAUCAGCUUUUUUUUAAUUUUUACUGUUCUUUUAUCUUUAGCGGUGUCUAGGAAAACACUCUGAGUGAAGAUUAAUGACUGCAAGGAUCGCUCCAUUUUGUUGGUCUUUACGUCGAUUCUAACUUGGCUAACACCGUGAGUUGGAGAUCUCACAUCUUUAUGCUUUGAGCACAUAGGACAUACCUCAGGCAUGCUCCAUGUACAUAUUUCUUUAACAUUUGAAACUAUAUACACGUGUAUAAUCCCAAAUCUACUUCCAUUUAUUGCGAGACUGAUAUCUGUUCGUUCAAUGUAUUCUCAACGUGCCUGGUAUGAGUAGCAAUUGCAGUAUUUCUAACCCUGAAAAACCAGUCAUUUCGGCCUUUAACGCUCUAGUUAUAUUUUUCCUUCUCUGGUUGAUCGAAAAAGGCAGCAUCAUUGCGACUCUUAUUUGAUUUCGUUGGCGCUGGUGGUUUUCUUCUCGUGGUGCAUGCUACUACUUGCUUUUACGAGCCCACAACAUAUGAUGAUAAAGAUCAUCAAUGUCGCAAUUGUUUGCCUGAUUAUGUCUUCUCUUAAAAUGUAUAUAGUUAAACAUCGACAAAGAUCAAGUGAAGGCUGCCAUCAAAGCCCAACAGGAUCAGCAGAUUGAUAAUGUAAGUAACAUAUCUUCUAGAUUUUAUUUUGCUGUUUGAUGCCUUUUAAAGAAUGAACGCUCUCCAUCAUAUUAACACAAGGGUGAAUUUCCUCUCGGAGGGAGACGAUCCGUUUUCUUACUGUCUAUGAUCAGUUCACAUGCAUUAACCCUUUUCGUAAUAAUCUCUGGUUUGGUGAUUGCGAUUCAAUUCAGACUUUUCUUCUUGUUUUUAUCUCGUUGACGACUUGUCCCUUGGAGAUGUUUGCAGUAUCCAAUUUCGUUCUUCCUCAGUUAAAUACACUCCCAAUAUUCAUGAUUUUCUAGAUGGUUUUCUUGGCCUAGUUAGGCACCUUCAGACUAUGUAAACAAUCUAUAUGAGAAGUGAACCAAAGAAGCGAACUCCAAAAUCCAGACAAGUUCUCUCUAGAAAGCUCGAUCCUCUUGUUUAGGUUAGAAGCCUCGAUGAUGGCAGAGUAUCAGAACAUCUGACAGAUCCUCAACAUUCGGAGUGAUGACGAGUGAUGACCAUUCUCUUGAAUAAUCUUAGAGCUGGAGAACAAACGGAUAGGAUUGGUGAGAAAACUGAUUUAGAUGACAUUCCCCCAAAACCCAUCAAUUUCCGUUUGAUUGACGGAAGAACAUUGUUUUUUAUUUAACCGACCUCAAGAACAUUGUUUUUUAUUUCUCUCCAGAAAGUAAAACCUAUGCUUGAUGGAUCUUUUCUUCUCUUUUUUUUUCGCCUCAAAAUAUUUAGUCGCUCUCGUCUUUUGGGGGGGGGGGGAAUAGAACGCUGAUCGACGUCCUUCGUCAAUGGCAGGCUCUUCUGGCGGAGGGUCGUUUCUAUUCAGAUUUGGAGCUCACUGAGAAGGAGAUAGAACGCAUGGUGAUGGAAGCAUCGCGGGCCGAGUAUCUCGCCAAGGAUAAAUUCAAGCUGCAGAUGGGUUUCAGGGAAUCCACCCCUGGCGCCGAACCAUCAUCUUCUGCAACGACGAGUGAGUACCCAAAACCAGAUCUUGACUUCUGUUGACUUCCAACUGUCAACGCCCUCUCUGGUUGCUGGAUGGGUCUUUUCAGUGUGCCCCUCAGGAACAAGAGCAGGGUGAAAAACCUGCUGGAGAUUUCCAUCGAGAUCUCCGGUAUAUUUCUUUUGUUCGGUAGUUAUUGUUGUUGUUGUUUGCAGGGGUGGGUCUCUCUCUCUACUUGUCAUUCUCUCACUAACAUGCCGGCAUUUCCCUUGAAGAUUGAUUACCCCACUUUUCUCUCUCUAGCAUCCGGGCAUUUCUUUGAAUUUCUUCUUUCCGCAGUUGUUCUCUGCGGGAGAAAAGAAAAAACUCUUCUCACCGUUGGCUAUCCCGUCCGUUGACUCUGAAAACAGGGCCGGCGGGGACGGCGGGCAGCCCCGGCGGCGGAAGGGAUAAAUCUCUGCCGGACAUUGUGCGCAACGACAGCAUGCAGAUGCUGCUGUCGAUGGGUUUCAGCUACCUCCAGGUGGUGGAAGCCUACAGCAUCUUCGGCGACGACGUGGAGUCCAUAAUCUGCUAUCUGCUGGAGAUGGGCGAAGCCACCGCUCCGCUCGGCGGGGUUGCCCAGUGCAAGGGCAAGGCCGCAGAGUGA